UACUUCGUACUGCAAGCAUCAGCCUCGAUGGCGUACGCAACCCAUCCUCUCCUCUCCUCCGCUCUCUUUGGCACCAAUCUCCGCCCCAAAACCAAACCCAUCCCUUCUCGCAAUCCCUUCCUCCUCCCCAGAAGGCCCAGCUCCGUGCAAUCAUUCCUCGAUCGUCACAACAGGAAGAGCCGCCCCGUCCUCCCCCCUUCUCCCACCGCUGCAGCCGCCGCCGCCGCCUUCCUUCUCUCCUCCUCCCUCCCACCUUCCGCUAUCGCUGACGACGUCGCUUCGGUUUCGCCUCCCCCCUCGUCGCCUCCCGUCCAGCUGGAGGCUGCCUCCAAGCCCGCUCCCCCCUCCUCCUCGAACCCCUUCUCCCAGUCUCUCCUCACCGCCCCGCGGCCGCAAGCCUCGCCUGACCUCCCCGAUGGCACCCAGUGGCGCUACAGCGAGUUCCUUAAUGCCGUCAAGAGGGGCAAGGUUGAGCGCGUCCGGUUCAGCAAGGACGGCGGCCUGCUCCAGCUCACGGCCGUCGACGGUCGCCGGGCCGCCGUCGUCGUCCCCAACGACCCUGACCUAAUCGACAUCCUGGCGAUGAACGGCGUGGACAUCUCCGUCUCGGAGGGGGACGGCGGCAAUGGCCUGUUCAAUCUCAUCGGGAACCUCAUCUUCCCGUUCCUCGCCUUCGCCGGCCUGUUCUUCCUAUUCCGCCGGGCCCAGGGCGGGCCCGGUGGCGGCCCGGGUGGGCUCGGCGGGCCGAUGGACUUCGGCCGGUCCAAAUCCAAGUUCCAGGAGGUCCCCGAGACCGGCGUCACCUUCGCCGAUGUCGCUGGGGCUGACCAGGCCAAGCUCGAGCUGCAGGAAGUGGUGGACUUCCUGAAGAACCCGGACAAGUACACGGCUCUUGGGGCGAAGAUCCCCAAAGGUUGCCUCUUGGUGGGCCCACCCGGCACCGGCAAAACGCUGCUGGCCCGAGCUGUGGCGGGAGAGGCCGGCGUGCCCUUCUUCUCGUGCGCGGCGUCAGAGUUCGUGGAGCUGUUCGUGGGUGUGGGGGCGUCGAGGGUCCGGGAUUUAUUCGAAAAAGCGAAGGCUAAGGCACCUUGCAUUGUGUUCAUCGAUGAAAUUGAUGCGGUGGGAAGGCAGAGGGGGGCCGGGCUUGGCGGUGGCAACGAUGAGAGGGAGCAGACCAUCAAUCAGCUCUUGACAGAGAUGGAUGGGUUCUCUGGGAACAGUGGGGUGAUUGUUUUGGCAGCGACCAACAGGCCGGACGUGCUUGAUUCGGCACUGCUACGGCCUGGAAGGUUCGAUCGGCAGGUCACAGUGGAUAGGCCUGAUGUAGCUGGCAGGGUGAAGAUCCUACAGGUUCAUUCAAGAGGAAAGGCACUUGCUAAGGAUGUAGAUUUUGAAAAAAUUGCUAGAAGAACCCCGGGAUUCACUGGAGCCGACUUGCAAAACCUGAUGAAUGAAGCAGCUAUUCUUGCAGCCAGACGCGACCUUAAAGAAAUAAGCAAGGAUGAGAUCUCAGAUGCUCUAGAGAGAAUAAUUGCAGGGCCCGAAAAGAAAAAUGCAGUUGUCUCAGAUGAGAAGAAGAAGCUUGUAGCAUACCAUGAGGCUGGACAUGCCCUUGUGGGUGCACUCAUGCCUGAGUAUGAUCCGGUUGCCAAGAUCUCCAUCAUCCCUCGAGGUCAAGCUGGUGGGCUUACAUUCUUUGCCCCGAGCGAGGAAAGGCUCGAGUCAGGACUUUACAGCAGAAGCUACCUAGAGAAUCAAAUGGCCGUUGCCCUCGGUGGAAGGGUGGCAGAGGAGGUAAUUUUUGGGGAAGAGAAAGUCACAACAGGAGCUUCAAAUGACUUCAUGCAGGUUUCACGAGUGGCAAGACAAAUGGUUGAGAGGCUUGGAUUCAGCAAAAGAAUUGGGCAGGUUGCGAUAGGCGGACCUGGUGGUAAUCCGUUCUUAGGUCAACAGAUGUCAUCUCAAAAGGAUUAUUCCAUGGCAACUGCUGAUGUGGUGGAUUCUGAGGUUAGAGAGCUUGUGGAGAGGGCUUAUGCCAGGGCCAAGCAAAUCAUUACCACUCACAUUGAUAUCCUUCAUAAGCUGGCACAACUUCUCAUUGAGAAGGAGACCGUUGAUGGAGAGGAGUUCAUGAGCCUGUUUAUUGAUGGCAAAGCAGAAUUAUACGUUGCAUGACCUAACCAAUACCCUUAAGUUUUCCCUGUUGUUGAAUUAUAUUCACAACACAUUCAAGGAAAAAAAAAGAAAAAGCAAGUGAAUAAUUAGAUUGACAUAGCUAUGAUGCAUUUUGUAUAUACAUCCUAUUUUUUCUUAUCUUGAUAAUGGAGAUUCAGUAAAAACUGCUGAGCUAUUAUGAACUACUAAGCUUCCUUGUUUCA